AUGGAUUGUUCCGAGGAGGUGCAGUUAUUCGCGGAGGAGGUCAGCAGCCCAAUGGAGCUUAAAAAAGGAAUGUCCAUUUUCAUUGAUAUCUUACGGAGAGCAGAUAAAAACGAUGAUGGCAAGCUGUCUUUUGAUGAGUUCAAAGCCUAUUUCUCUGAUGGAGUCCUGACGGCCGAGGAACUCAAGGAGCUCUUCCACACCAUCGAUACCCACAACACAGACAAUGUGGACACGGACGAAUUGUGUGAGUACUUCUCCCAGCAUCUUGGUGAAUAUGAGAAUGUCCUCGCUGCCUUGGAGGACCUUAAUAAGUCCAUAUUGAAGGCCAUGGACAAGACGAAGAAGGAAUAUCAAGACUCCGCCCACCUGGAGCAGUUUGUCACUCGUUUCCUGUUGAAGGAGACGACCAAUCAACUCCAUUCUCUCCAAAGCUCGUUAGAGUGUGCCAUGGAAACAACGGCUGAACAGACUCGUCAAGAGAAACAGGGGCCGGUGAAGCCGGAGGUGUUGUCCAUCCAAUGGUCGGGCCGACGCUCCAACCGAAGGCUUCAGAGGAACAGCAGCCUUUCCCCCAACAACCCGAUUCACAGCCUCAAUUCAGGUGUGUAUGAUGAAGACAACCAGUGGAUGACUCAAGUCAACAGACUGCAGAAGCUCAUUGACCGCCUAGAGAAGAAGGAGAUCCGCCUGGAGCCGGUUGAGGAAGAGGUUUUGGGGAGCACCACCAAAUCGCACAUCCUGAUAGUCCAGAGGCAGCUGUCGGUGCUGGAGGAGGAGCUGGGGGAGUUUCGUCUGGCUCUCAGACAGUACACGGAGUGUGCCUGCGCUCAGAUCGGAUGCCUACACAUUGCAGUUCAGCGGCUGGCGAAUGAGUCACGCUUCAUCCUCUAUGAAUUCUGGGAGCACAACAAUGUGUGGAAGAAUCACCUGCAAACCAACUACAGCAAGACCUUCCAGCGGGGUAACGUGGACUUCCUGGAGACUCCAGAGAUCAUAACCACCAUGCUGGUUCCCGCCUCCUGGUGGGUCCUCAACAACAACUGA